AUGCGAUGUGGUUUUUGUGAUUGUUUUGGACCAUUUAUGUCAUGUCGUAGAAAUGAUAGUAUGGAUUUACCAUUGGAUCAGAAUGCGUUAAAUCGUUGUUUAGAACUUGUUCAAGCUCAUGAAUCUCGACAAAAUGCUCUUCUUAAGAGUUCGGAUUAUCAACGACCAUUGAUUUCAACAAUUUAUGAUAAAUGCGCUCCUUAUCGAAAUACCACAGUGCAUCAUCAACCUGAAUCAUUUCAUCAUAACAAUAAUAGGCAUGGUACACCACCUCCAUCAUACAAGUCAGUAGAAAUGCAAGACGAACAGGAUCAAAUUCGAAAACUUCUAGGUAGUACUGGUAGUACUGUAAUAUAG